AUGAGUUUCCAAAAUUACGACAACUUUCCCCAACAGGGUCAGCAAGGAGAUGGUGGAGCUGGCCCCGGCGGUCCCCCACAACAAGACCAGAACAUGGGCGGGCAGAUGCCUCCCAACUCUGCUGGUGGUUUCCAAGGUGGUAACGGCGGUGAUCCCGGAUCCGCAGGUGGACAGUCGCAAGGAGGCGAUGCGAAGACGACCUUAUGGAUGGGCGAGCUUGAGCCCUGGAUCGACGAGAACUUUGUACGGACAGUUUGGUACAACAUGGGCGAGCAAGUCAAUGUGAAGAUGAUUCGUGACAAGUUCUCUGGUAAUGCUGGCUACUGUUUUAUCGAUUUUCAGAGCGCUGAGGCUGCCGCCAAGGCCUUGACUCUCAACGGUACCAUCAUUCCCAACUCCAACCGUCCAUUCAAGCUGAAUUGGGCAUCUGGCGGUGGUCUGGCUGACCGGAGCCGCGACGAGCGUGGCCCAGAGCACUCAAUUUUUGUUGGCGAUCUCGGGCCGGAGGUCAAUGAAUACGUCUUGGUUUCUCUCUUCCAAAAUCGCUUCCCAUCAUGCAAAUCCGCCAAGAUCAUGACAGACCCAAUCAGCGGAAUGUCCCGCGGCUACGGUUUUGUUCGCUUCUCAGACGAGGGUGACCAACAGCGCGCAUUGCAAGAAAUGCAAGGGGUCUACUGCGGCAACCGACCCAUGCGCAUCUCCACAGCAACACCAAAGAACAAGACCGGUGGUGGAGGGCCAGGAGGUAUGGGCAUGCCAGGUCCAGGUGGCCCAGGAGGCGCACCAGUAGGCGGCAUGAACUACAUGGGAAAUCCUCCUGUCGGAUACUACGGCCAGCCUCAGCCAAUGAACCAGUUCACCGACCCGAACAACACCACAGUCUUCGUUGGAGGGCUUUCUGGAUAUGUCACGGAGGACGAGCUCCGCUCUUUUUUCCAAGGCUUCGGAGAGAUCACCUACGUCAAGAUUCCUCCUGGGAAGGGCUGCGGUUUCGUUCAAUUUGUCCAGCGUCACGCAGCAGAGAUGGCCAUUAAUCAGAUGCAAGGCUAUCCCAUUGGCAACUCACGGGUCCGUCUCAGCUGGGGACGUAGCCAGAACAAUUCUGGUCCUGCCGGCACUCCAUACCGUCCUGCCCCUCCUCCACCUGUGUACCCAUCUAUGGGAAUGCCUCCUUCUCACCCUUACGGCAAUUUCGCUCCAAUGAAGUAA